AUGGAUUCACUAAAACAUAAAACAUGUACUGAUGCAUUACCACCAAGGGAUGCCAUCUCUUUCAAUCAACCAGCAUAUCUUAUUGUUCAUGCUAUGGGAGAAACACCUCUAUCUAAACGUUCUCCUUUUUUGAUUCAAAAAUUGUUUGAAUUGACCAUUGGGAAUCUUAAAAAAAUUCAAAAACUGAGGUCAGGAGAUCUACUUGUAGAAGCAGCCUCCCCUCAACAGUCAGCAAAGCUUCUGAAAAUGAAGUCUCUAGGAGAAAUAAUGGUAACCAUCACACCACAAACAAAUUUGAACUUGUCACGUAGUGUGAUAUCUGAAACUGAUCUGAUGUCUGAGGAUGAAUCAGAUAUUCAGAUUGGUCUCUCAGACCAAGGUGUCACUGCUGUUCGACGAAUUUCGAUUUGUCGUGAUGGCAAGUUGAUACAAACAAAACACAUUAUAUUGACAUUCAACAAACCAACAUUGCUAUCUUCUGUUGCGGCAGGAUAUCUCCGUUGCCCAGUUCGUUCAUACAUUCCAAAUCCGCUAUGUUGCUUUAAAUGUCAGUGGUUUGGACACUCCCAAAUAUCAUGGAGAGGAAAAAAAGCAUGCACACAGUGUGGAAAUGAAGACCACCACAGUACUGAAUGCACAUGUUCUCCAUGCUGUGUAAACUGCAAAGAUACCCACCCUGCCUAUUCUCGAAAAUGCACUGCAUGGCAGAGAGAGAAAGAAAUUCAGCGAUUGAAGAUUGUUAAUAAUAUAUCUCACCCGGAGGCACGUUGCGUGGUCACUCUAAGUGCACCAGUGAAACAGAAGACAUUUGCUGGUGUUCUGAAAUCCACAAAGACAUGUGGAGUUCAGACAGACAUUUCUGUUUCACCAAAUGAAUCUCUCACACGCCAUGAAAAAUGUUUGCUGAUACCAUCUACCAAAGCAACAGAAAAAGAGAAUAACAAAUCAAAACCACUUAUACCUAAAACAGGGGUAACAACUAGGAAUGUGGGUUCCAAAAAAGCCAGUAAGAACCCACUUAAUAAACAAAGGAUAAAAGCAGCCCUAUCUAAAUAA